GUUUACAGUAACGGUCCGACUGCACGUAACCGCUAACAGCUUCAGAGCUAGCUCUGUUUGAGAAACAUGUCUGACGAAGACUUACUUACAAAUAUUAACCACCUACUUUUUCAGUGUGCCCUUCAAACAAGAGACCUUUCUCAAAAGAAAAAUGAAAUCAGUCAACAGAUUAAAGUUUACAAAGAUGAUAUCGCUGAGGGAAAGUCUAAAAUCGAAACAACUAAGGCAAAUAUCAAGACCUUAGAGGAAGAUAUCAAGGUAAAACAGAACACUCUGACACAGAACAAAGAAGUCCUCAAAAGUAUGAAAGCUGCCAACAGCCUGGUCAUGCAUUAUGAGCAGACUCUGAAGGCUGAGCUGGAGAGCAGGAAAGCCAGCUACAACCGAGACAGGGAAGAGUAUGAAAAGAGGAUUGCAAGCUACAGAUCUUCCUUCCAGUCAUAUAAAGAAUAUUAUUACAGCAGUCCUCUUGCCCAAAAGCUCCUGGGAUUACAGGAUGAAAACCGAGAGACUGAGGCAAAGAUUAAAAACUAUGAUGAUUUAAUAACAUUAAAGCAAGAGGAACUGAACAACCUCAGACGUCCAGCUCCAGUGAUCGAAACUACUUCCCCAGAUGAACCACCAGUAAGUGAGCAACUUGAAAAUGAGCCAGAAAAACAUCCAGUAGAGGACAGUAGCCCCUCUUUACACAAGACAAAGGAAGAUCCUAUUUUGUCUGAAGAAGAUGUUGAAGAAGCACAGACAGAACUCACAGAAGAGACUGAGGUCAGAGACUCUCAGCAGAUGGAAGAACAACAUCAAGAAGAGACAGACACUGGAGAGAAGGACCAGGAAGAGACAGGGCAACAGGAUGCAUUGCUGGAACAACAAUUCACUGUGUUGGAAAUUGAGCAGGUGAUGGAGGUAGAGAUGGAUGAGGGUCCAGGAGAAAACCAAACUGCAAACCACAAAGCAGAUGAAGCUCUCACCUCUUUGAGUCAAACCUCGUCACAAGGAACAGUCAAGCACGACUCCCCAGCAAGAAAUAAACCUGGCCUUGCAACUCCAACAUUCCCAUUUACUUUUAGCCCUGGCAGAUGUCAGCAGAUCUCUGACUCAAGCAAAUCUCCUGCUUUCCCCUUUAAUCUACACUCUGAGCCGAGCACCCCAGACUUUUUUGGCUUUGGAGCACAGGACGAGGACCCUACGUUACCUUUUACAAGCUCCUUUUUUGAAGAGAAGAAAACCACAGACUCUAAAACCUCCAUGGAGUUCCUGUUUAAUCAGCCAGAGCCAAGUGAAGAGUUUCAGUUUUCCUUCAAUACUAAGAGCCCUGAGAAAGAAAGCAGCAGCAAAGAUAAAGCCCAGAGUGAUUUUCCAUUCUCAUUCAACUUUUAA